AUGGGAUGGAAAGCGGUUGAGCUCGACGAGUACGAGAGUUCCGCGCCUGCCGUACAAGCGCAUUUCCACGCGAUUCGCGCGGAAGAAGCUCUACAAAAAGAUGACUAUGGCCAAGCCGAGAAAGAAGGUCAUUUGGCUAGUGAAAAGUUUCUCGAGGCCGCGCAACGUGUCUCAGGAAAGCGUACGAUCGACGCUUUGAUGCUGUUGGCUGAGAAUUACGAGUACAGGGCGAAGGUCGCGCGUGCGAGGAAUCCUGAUCCAGUGGAGGAGAGAGUGGGGACGAAAGGGGGGAUAGAGGGCGAGACUCUAGAUCGUGAAGACACGCCAGAAGAUCUGGACAAAGAGCAGAAGGAUAUGGAGGAUAAAGCUGGAGCUCUGGAUCCAGAGGAAGGACACAAGGUGGAGACUGAGCUGCACGUGGCGGCAGCAGAGAUGGAAGAGCUCUGGAGACGGCUUAAUGAGAUUGGUUUGUCGCGUCCUGGCUCGGCAGAUAAGAACUUGCUCAUGUCGUCGCGCCAUUUAUCGUCGUCGUUGGGAGAUUCGUUUUGUUUGCUGCCUGCAAAGACGAGGAACAUGGUCGGAGUAGUGGCCACUGCAGUGAAUGGGGGCUCGACGUUGCGAGCUGCCGUGGCGUCUAGGAUGAGAAAUCAGCGCCAACGAUUAAUGGAGCAGCAACUGGGUGGGCGCGGUCCGUCAGACCCGCGCAGAUCAGGUGAUGCGCCGAUGGGCGACUUGGCGCAUCGAAACAAGAAUGGAAGACAGUCUUUCGGUAGCGGAACCGAGUCAACUUAUAGACAAGAAGAGUUUGACGGAUUGCAGGACAAGGUUGCUCAGCAGAAGAUGGAGAUCGCUCGACUACUAAACACAGUGAAGACGCUCAGCAGUGAGAACUCGAAGCUGGUGAACAAAUGUGAAGCGUUGACGAAUGUACAAGCUGAGAACCGUGAGAUCCGUGAAUCCAUGGAUCGUUUCAAGACAGACUACAAUCAGAAGUUGGUGGUGAUAAAGAGAGCGCUAGAGGAAUGGAGACGUCAGCGGAAUCGUGCUGCUCCGACUCCUUUGCAGACAAACAGUGCAGGACGGGUUGACACUACCUUGAACGAUCAAAUUGAGCGACAGGAGGAGCAGAUUACAAGGCUAAUGCGAGAGAUGAAAGACAAGGAUGACCGCAUUGCCAAGUACGACAAGUGGUAUCAGACGUUGAAAGCGGGUGCGAAAGCGAAGCAGCUCAGCCAGAGUCGCGAAAGUAGCAAUGGCGCGAGCAGCUUUAGUAGUUCCAACAGCUUCGUGCAAAGCGGCGGUGGAAGUCUCAGCGGACCUAGUGGUUCGUUCACAAACAGCAGCAAGUCCCGCGGUCCCAGUCCAGGGCAACUAGAGUUCGCUGGCAGCAGCAGUUCAAGCACGCCUCACCAGUUCAGUCGCCCGCCAGCGCACCCCAACCGCCGAGCGCUUUAG